AUGGUGCCUCAACCCAAGGUCUUACCACGUUUUGACGAACUUCCUUUGCACGACGGCGAUCCUCCAAACUCCGCUUGGGGACUAUGGGGAGAUGGACCCGAAAGUUCACUGGGAUCACUAAAUUAUCUUACCGAUGAGCUCGUACAGAGAGCAAUCAAGGAAGAAGUCAAGACAGGCGAGAGAGUUGGUCUAAACUUGCCUCUCGACUUAUUCAACCCUCCAUUGCUAGGACGAGCCAGAUUUGAACAAAAGGUCAUCGAUAAAAACCCACUGGUAGUGAAUGACGACGUGAUCACUUUCAACACCCAAGGCAGCUCGCAAUGGGAUAGUUUACGUCAUUUUGCUUACCAAAAAGACAAGAAGUUUUACAAUGGAACCACCCAAGCGGAUAUACAUGCCUCUGCCCGCACCGCAAUCAAUGGCUUACAGAGCUGGUCAGCACGAGGACUCGCUGGCCGUGGUGUUCUGAUUGAUUAUGCGUCGUACGCGAAGCGUCAUGGUAUUGAUGUACACCAUUUUUCGGGUCACGCAAUCACACUCGAAAACGUUCUAAACGUGAUUAAAGAACAAGGCGUUGAUCUACUCCCAGGAGACGUUUUAUUCCUACGCACUGGAUACGUUGCUGCCUACAAAGAGCUAGAUAAAGCAGGAAGAGAAAGAGUCGCCAGCGUGCGCGAAUGGUGCGGCCUAGGUCAGUCGCGUGAAACAACUGAAUGGCUUUGGCAGAAACAGUUUGCGGCUGUGGUAAGUGACUCACCUGGGUUUGAAGUCCGACCGCCUACAGAGAAAGAAUGGCAUCUUCACCCCAUUUUGCUCGCUGGUUGGGGCACACCUCUGGGAGAAUUGUUCGACCUUGAUGUGUUGGCUGAAUUAUGUGCCCAAAAUGGACGCUGGUCCUUUUUCUUCACCUCAUCACCGUUGAAUUAUACCGGAGCGGUUGCCUCCCCGCCUAAUGCGAUUGCUAUCUUGUGA